UGCAGCAUGAUGCAGAGGCAGGAGCACAGACUCUACUGUUGUCUUAGAAGAGCUAUGCUGGAAUAAGAGAAGGUGACAGAAGAGGAUUCAUAGUAUUUCUUAAGAUACAGCCAAGCUUUUUUUUUUUUUUUUUUAGUUCUUUGUUUUUGCAACAAUGUCAGUCUCUGGAAAGAAAGAAUUUGAUGUUAAGCAGAUUCUAAGACUACGCUGGAGAUGGUUCAGCCAUCCUUCCCAAGGAUCAGCUGGAUCUGGUGGCUGCCUCCAGCAGGAAGGAUAUGAACACAGAGGGACACCGGUUCACAGUAGGUUAAAAAGCCAUUCACGGGACAGGAAUGGGCUAAAGAAAAACAACAGCCCUGUCCACAAUAUACUGGCACCAGUGCCAGGUCCAACCCCUGUUCACCAUCGAUCUAUUCAAUCCUGGCACCAGCAGAACAUCAUAGAACAUUUACAAGCUAGUGAGGAUAUCCCAAAGUCCAGCAUAGAAGACACUUUGGACAAAGAAGAAGAAAGUGGCCGCUCAGAAGACACGAAGAUCAUAGCAGAGGAGAACCCAGAGGCAGCUACUGAUAGGAUUCCGGUUUCUGGCGGAUCUCCUAAUAGAAUGACCUCCACUGGUUCCGAUGAGUAUUUUCAGUCCAUUAACCAUGCAGAGCAGACUUUCCGCAAGAUGGAAAACUACCUCCAACAAAAACAACUGUGCGAUGUUCUACUAAUUGCCGGGAACCACAAAAUCCCUGCUCACAGGUUGGUUUUAAGUGCUGUGUCGGAUUACUUUGCUGCGAUGUUUACGAAUGACGUGCGAGAAGCGAAGGAAGAGGAGAUAAAAAUGGAAGGUGUGGACCCGGAUGCCCUCAAAGCCCUCGUACACUACGCUUACACAGGUAUUUUAGAACUAAAAGAGGACACGAUUGAGAGUUUGCUGGCUGCAGCCUGCCUGCUUCAGCUUCCCCAAGUCAUUGAAGUCUGCUGCACUUUCCUCAUGAAGCAGCUUCAUCCAUCAAACUGUUUGGGGAUUCGGUCGUUUGGAGAUGCCCAAGGCUGCAUGGAGCUCCUGAGGGUUGCCCACAGCUAUACCAUGGAACAUUUCAUUGAGGUGAUACGGAACCAAGAAUUUCUUCUCCUGCCUGCGCAUGAAAUUGCUAAACUGCUUUCUAGCGAUGACAUCAACGUUCCUGAUGAAGAAACCAUAUUUCAAGCGUUAAUGCAGUGGGUGAAAUACGAUGUACAAUAUCGUCAGAAGGAUCUCGGGAUGCUUCUCUCCUAUAUAAGACUUCCAUUACUUCCGCCGCAGUUGCUUGCAGAUCUGGAAAACAGUCCAUUGUUUGCCAAUGACUUGGAAUGCCAGAAGUUUCUCAUGGAAGCAAUGAAAUAUCAUCUUCUGCCUGAAAGACGGUCCAUGAUGCAGAGUCCAAGAACCAAACCUAGGAAGUCCACCGUUGGAGCACUUUAUGCUGUGGGUGGAAUGGAUGCAACAAAAGGUGCCACCACCAUUGAGAAAUACGACCUGCGGACCAACAGCUGGAUACAGAUCAGCACUAUGAAUGGGAGACGCUUGCAGUUUGGCGUAGCAGUAAUUGACAAUAAGCUUUAUGUUGUCGGGGGCCGAGACGGCUUAAAAACGUCCAACACUGUGGAAUGUUUCAAUCCGGUGACCAAAGUAUGGUCUAUAAUGCCUCCUAUGUCCACACACAGACAUGGUUUGGGAGUAGCUGUUCUAGAGGGACCCAUGUACGCUGUCGGUGGUCACGAUGGAUGGAGUUACCUUAAUACCGUGGAACGGUGGGAUCCGCAAGCGCGUCAGUGGAAUUACGUGGCCAGCAUGUCCACACCUAGAAGCACUGUGGGAGUGGCAGCUCUAAAUAGCAAGCUAUAUGCUGUUGGAGGAAGAGACGGCAGCUCCUGCUUAAAGUCCAUGGAGUGUUUCGACCCUCACACCAACAAGUGGAGCAUGUGUGCGCCCAUGUCCAAAAGAAGAGGGGGCGUUGGAGUCGCGACCUACAAUGGCUUUUUAUACGCGGUCGGGGGUCAUGAUGCCCCCGCGUCAAAUCAUUGCUCUAGACUGUCAGACUGUGUGGAAAGGUAUGACCCUAAAACAGAUAACUGGACAACAGUUGCCCCGUUGAGUGUCCCCAGGGAUGCGGUUGGCGUCUGUGCCCUAGGAGACAAGCUGUAUGCUGUGGGUGGAUAUGAUGGACAGACCUAUCUUGACACUGUAGAAUCUUACGACGCACAGAACAAUGAAUGGACACAGGAUGUCUCUUUGAACAUUGGUAGGGCAGGAGCCUCUAUUGUUGUAAUUAAGCUGCCAUGACGCAUCUUCUUAAUAGGCUUUUUGAAAGACAUCUCAAAGGAAGGACAUUACUUACUACUGAGUAUCAAAGACGGGCUAUCUUGGUACCAUCAACAUUCUUCUACUUCUCUGGUGUUUGAAAACCUCAGCUUGCUCACCAUACUGUGGUGGGUAAUAAAAAAAAAACAAAAAAAACUUGACAAACCUUCAACAAUCUCGACAACCUUUUGAGAAAGUGUAAAUUCAUUCAACAUCUUUUUUUAUUGGUGUAAAUCUGCAAUUUGUUGAAUUAUUGGAGAUAUUGAUACAUUUUCCCAUUUAGAGAAAACCAAAAUCUUAAUAUCUUAAUAUAUAUAUUUUAUGUACCAUCUUUAAAGAUGACCUUUGCCUAGUUGCAUAUUUUUUAAUAUCUCUCAUUAUGUAAAUUGAAAAUUAAAAGAACAUAUUUUAUAUAUAUA